GAGGCUCCGACUCGGCGACGAAGGUAUAUAAGGUCAACCGAGUCAGAUCGAGUUUGAAAAUUUUUACUCCAGUGCUUUUGCGAAGACUCUGAUCUUUACGGGAAAAUCGCCGAGAAAAUCUCGUCCGAAAAUGUCUCAGCCCGGAAAAUUAACUCCGAAUCUCGAUCCUGAGGCGACCAAACAGAUCAAUCUCGGUGUGUUGCAGAGAUUCGAUCAACACAUCGAGCAGAUUCUCUUCACCGCCUCUCACGUUGUGUUGUAUGUGUUCGACACCGAGGGCCACCUGUGGGAUCGCAAGAAAGUCGAAGGGCCUCUGUUUGUGGUUAAGAGGAAUACACAGCCGAGAUUUCAGUUUGUCGUCAUGAAUCAACUCGGCGCAGAUAAUUGGGUGGAGAAUCUUCUUGAAGAUUUUGAGUUCGACAUUCAAUGUCCAUAUUUGUUAUCUCGAAACGCCGCUCAGGAAGUUAACGGAAUUUGGUUUUUCAAUCCAAAUGAAUGUGAAGAGGCUGGAAAUCUCUUGCGUAGGAUACUUAGCGUCUAUACAAAAUCUCCUCAGAAUGAAAUUACAAGAGUAGCCCCGAUCGAAAGCGAGUAUGAGGAUCCAUCGCCUGGCUCUACAACUGGAACACCAAAACUGAUGGAUCUCUUCAAUGCGGCGAUAAGUAAAGCAAGAAAUGCUCCAAAGUUUCCCAUCUCUUCUGAAAGUCCGAGUGUAAGUUACGCUGCUUCGGGGAAUUUACAAACAUCCUCUAUCCCGACACUGAACCACGAGAUAUCCAACCUCCGUCUUAGCUCCAUCCCUAAAACCGUGCUCAUCCGGCCUUCUUCAUUCUACGCGCCGCCUCAUUCCUCGGACUCGACCCAUAUAGCACCGCAUUUUACGCAGUCUUUGUCACAGGCACCAAUAGUUACUCGGAAUUUGCAGAAUCUUCAUAGCGUUCAAAUACACGACCUUUUCCUGCCCACUGCUACUAACCCUCAAUCUUUAGCUCCGUCUGGUUUCGGCAUUACCAGAGACAAAAUCCGCAAUGCCUUUCUAAGGCUGGUCCAGGAUGAUCAGUUCAUCGAGAUGUUCUACCGAGCAUUAUGCGAACCGAACUGAAAGAAACCUCGAGCGAAGACUGACGGCGGAAUCGAUAGAUAGACACUUGUACAUUUGCUUCGACUCUUGAGUGUUUUUUUAGGCAUAAUCAGCCACUUCACUUCCCCAUUUUUUUCACUGUACAAAUACAAACUUCUCACACUUAUAUCUCAACUCAGUUACCAGC